GGUCGUUUCUAAAAUCACAGACGCAGUAACGUAUCAUACAUACUUGAAUCGCACUGAAAUUUUUUCACGGUUUUCCUUCUAAUUUGAAACUGCGUCGCGAUGUCCGCGUCACUUAAUAUUUUUCUACAUUUGGCUGCGACGCAGUGCUUUGAAUUUCAUCGGAUUAGAGAAAAAAUGGGAAAUUCCUAACAAAAAUUCAAUUUUAAAUAGGAAAAAUAUUAUUCUUUCGCAUAAAACAGGAAUGAGUAGUUAUCUGCAGAAAGGUAAGAUUUUUUCAGUUUCGUUGGUGCAAAAGUUGAAACGGUAAAAGAGAAUGAAAACGUUGGGACAAUCGCCCCUUAAGAAAGAAGGAAAGUAGUAAUAAAAGGAGAACGACUAAGUCGGUGAAAGCGAUGCGCAGAAGCCGGUUCCUUGUAGGGUGCUGACAAAGGUAUCGCCGCGCCUGUACGGACCCGUCCCCGCAAAAAGUGCGCUCCGCGUGCUCCGUACUCCAGCGGCGGUCCGUCCACACUCGCGUGUAGCCGCACCCGGCUUGGCGCUCUUCGGUUUUCACGAAAUAAUUCGCAGUCGCGACCGUGGGGAAGUCCCGUCGUCGGUGUAAAUGAUUUUUCGUGAAUUGUUGGAAGUGACAGUAUCAGUGAAGUGAAGUGCGCCGCAAUUUGCACGGAGUUCGAUCUUUUUGGGCGUUCUGUAGGAAGGAGAGCUGGCGCGGCGCGCACGAGAGGCCGCCUCUAGAAAAAGAGCGCGUCUCGCGCGUUGCGCUACAUUGGAGUCCGCGAUAUGCCCGAGAACGCGUAAGACCGACGUUGCGAAUUCGAAAGGAAAACGCGUCCGCCUGACAAGCGGUAAUGAUCGAAUAAGUCGUACGCCGAAAAUUUUUCAAGUUGCGGAUCGCCGAGGGGAUUUCGGCCGGUCGAGCCGGGAGCGAGAGAGAGAAGAGGCUGGCGCGCGGCGAGGCCACCUCGGUAAAAGACCGCGUCUUGCGGGUUCAGCGAUGUGCUGCGGUGCCUAUUGUGUGCGAUACGAUCGUUGAAGCUUAUCGACAUUCGUGGAAUCGUGUCGUACAUGUCACCCUGCCGUAUGAUAAACGAUAGAUCGACGAAGGAUUUAUCGAGCAGCCCGUGUACAGUGUCAACGCGUACCCGCGGAGACGUAUACGGGGAAACGCAACCGGCGGCGAUAUAUCCCGCGUGGUACGUAUACGCACGUAUACGGACACACGUAACAGCGCACAUACGUGUGCCAUGCACAUUUGCAAAGGACUGUGGUCUCGUGGAAUCGUCGUUUAGUCGCGUGUAUCGAAGUGGCCUGUCGCGAAGCGCGCUUAACAGAGAGAUCCAACACCGUGGAAAACGUGUCUGUCGGAACGCACGACGAGGGAGAGAGGAGGAGAAAGAAAUAGAGAGAGCUAGAGAGGGGGAGAGAGUGAGAAAGAGAGUGAGAGGGAGAGAAAUCGGUGAAAGAGGAGAGGUGUCCGUCGUUCGACGAUUGGCGCGUGGCGUAGACAUUCGACGGUCACUUGGCACGUAUGUAGUGCAAUUAUUCCCCGGUUAUCCCGUUUCGUCCCCGUGAAGCAUAAGCAUUAUUUAUGGGUGCAUGGAUCGGUGCAUUUCCAAAAACGAAACAAAAGACGUGGAACGCAACCAGUACACCAUCAGCGAGAACACGGUUCCCUUUGUUCGACUCGGCAAUACCUCGAUAACGAUUUGUUCGAAUUUUAAAUCGCGUUCAACGAUUACCGGAAGGAAGUUACGUACGCGGCUAGUAAAAUAUACCGACAUCGAAAGUGCGUACAAAGGGUGUGAAAUGCGUCGCGCUGCAGUUCGAUGUUCGAUCCAGCAGCGACGGACGACCUGACUUUGUCAGAUUGCCUCUCGACGUCGUCGCGGCUGCCGCCGCCGCCGCCGCUGCCGCCGCCGCUGCCGCCGUUGUCGCCGUCAUCGUUAUCGUUGUGCACCUCUCGGCUUCAGUCCAACAAUGGAUGAGCGCAGCUGCAGAACACAAUUCGAAAUCUUCUCCCGGUAGCGGAACACAGGCGGAUAGAAAGUGAUCAUUCGUUUAGUCGGGAUUGUGAACCGCGUUUAAUCGUUUUGCGCCCGGUGAUUAACGUUGAACAGACAUUUCGCGCGUUCUAUAUGCGCCAUAGAUUUCGCACAUUAUUGACUUCGUCGAUCCGUGCAAUCGAUAAUAUUGCAUCACGAGUUAACAAGUUUCUUCGAUUGUUGUUGCCGCCUUACCGUUUCCGGCCGGAUAUAUUCGCUGAAUUAUAAAAAACGAAGGGAAAUUGCACGCAUCGAGAUGCGCGUCGGAACGUUCUACACUUUAUUGUAAGACGUCACUCGAAUUUGUUUAUGUAUAGGCGCGAUUCUGCGCUUGAUAUAAAACGGUCCCCGAGCUGCGUCCUGCCACGAGAAUCAUCGACUUUUUAUUCUGCGCAUCGUUUCAAAUGUUAAUCAAGAACUUUCGGUAUUCCAACAAUGAAAUAAUAAAUCAAAGCAUGCAUUUUUAAACGGAGUUCCAUAAAAAGAGAUAAAUACAGAAAUCUAGCAAAGAGCGACAAAGUGAUACACCCCGAGGCAAAUACAUGCGGAGAUAUAUAGACAGACGCCGGUCGUUAUGAUAUCGCGCGCGAAUGAUACAAACACCAUAAAAACGCGCAGGAGGUACUGUGAAAAUUAUUUCGACGUUCUCAUCGAACAUUAUACAGCUAUACAUCCGACAACAUCGCAUUACAACGUGAAACGAUUUAUCGACGUAUAAUAAUGCAGCAACACCGGGUAGAAACACAAAUACUCCACGAGGAGCAGAUCCUGGAGGCAAUAGAUCAGUUGCGUCGCCGUAAAGCGCGACCCGACGCCGACCGUAUCUGCAAUUAUUUAUUACGGAAAUUCUCCGUAGAUGCACGCGAUACGAUAGCCGAUCUUCAUAGACUGAUCGAAGCGGAGAAGGUGAUUCAGGUGGAUUACAAAGGUAACACCAGUUACCGAAAUGCCUCGAAAUGGUCGCGAUUGCAGCUUUACAAAAAUCGACCGGAGGGUUUUGUCAAGGAGAAAUUGAAUUCCGGGAUGGUGGCGGGUGCCGUUGCCGAGCUCGUUGUCGAAGAGCCGGAUUACCUGGACCAGGGUGUACCAGCAUAUAGGUUGGUCGAGCAACUGCUCGAUGGUGUCUCGAAUCCUACGUCCAGGCGUAUGGUUGAGGAUUUCCUUGGGAAAGAAGUAGCCAGCGGAAAUUUGACGCGUCUCUCUAACGGCAAUUACUCGCUGGUGGCGACGUCUGACAUGACAACCACCGCCGAACCAACGCAUCGAGAAUCUUUCACCCUUGAAAAUGGAAACGCGCGACGCAAGGAAUUGCACACUGUUUCAUCGACAACGGGUGGUCUGUACGAUUUUGACGAGACUGAGAACUUGACAAUUACGGAUUCUAGGUCAAACACGCCGAGAUCCUCGCGUCAAGCUAGCCCGAAGCCUGAUCCACAGAUCAGAAAGGAAGAAUGUUUUGAAAUAAUUGUUGGCAGGAACGAAAAUACCGAAUCAUCCGCGGAACAUGACUCUCUAAAGGAGCAGGAAUCGCAGGAACCUACGCAAACGUCUGUCGAGGAUGUAAAAGAUGAAUCAAAAACCACGGACAGUCAGUCUCAUAACCUCAAAAGGUCAUCGAAAGCUGAGCGUAAACAGCGCUUACUUGUUCGAACAGAUGAUCCUAUGGACAUAGAGAUCAAGUUUGAGGAUUAUCGGAAAGAUAUUAAAGAAGACACGAAUUUGCAGAAAGAAAAGAGAGAUGAAACUGGACAUCUUAGCGAAGAACGAGAAGACGAUGAUGCGGGACGAAGUUCCACUAAUCCCUCGCCAACACCAUCCAGUGUUAAUGUCGGUGGAUUCCGUAGUGCACGCAGAAAGAGGGCAAAAAAGGUAUUUGAUCCUUCCGACAAUAAUCUUGUGAAACGGAAACGUGGAAGACAGUCUGGUUCCCAAAAUAAAUCUUCUUUGUCUCAAGAAUCUCAAGACACUUCUAAAUCGACUGUUAAAGAUGGACCUUGUAGGCAAUGUAGCCUUUGUGCCAAAGAAAAGCAAGAAAGCUUGGUUGCUUGCAGAGACUGUACCGUAAGAGCACAUCCAAGUUGUAUUUAUAGUCCAGAAGAAAUGAUUCAAAAGGCAGGUAGUAAUUGGCAGUGUGAAAGGUGUAAGAGUUGUACGAUAUGUUGUGAAACUUCAGAUGCGGGUCCACUUGCCACGUGUUUUACAUGCGAUGAAGCUUACCAUUACUAUUGCCACACUCCACGCAUAAUAAUACCUAAGUCAAAUUCGAAAUGGCAAUGUAAUGAUUGUAUCCAAAAACAGUAUAAACCAAGUAUAAACCAGAGUAUUAGUCUGGUUACUAAUAGACCAGAUACUCCAUCGAAUCCACCCGUUUUACCUCCAGUUUUAAGUCCUCAAGUUUCCCCUGCCAGAGGAUCUUCGGAUCAAAUGGAGGAUGAUGGUCCAAGAGAUGGAAUUGAUCCAAAUAUACCUGAUGCUUCGGAUUGGACAUCUGAACAAGUAUACCAGUAUUUUGCGAGACUUUUCCCAAAGGAAGCAGAAGUGUUCAGACAACAGGACAUUGAUGGCCACUCCUUAUUGUUGAUGAAACGAUCGGAUGUUUUGAGUGGACUUGAUCUGCUUUUAGGUCCAGCAUUGAAAAUAUAUAGACAUGUGUUAAAAUUGCAAGUGAGAAGAGACGAUCCGAAACUUUAUUGGCUGUAAAUGCUUUAAAAACUGAAAUAGUUAGGAUGAUUUUUAAAGAAGAUUGGUGAUUUAUCAUACUGUACAGAUAAAUUCUUUUUACAUUUAAGGAUCAUGAAUAUUUUUUUGAUUCGAGAUACUUUUUCAUAUUGUACAUACUGCAGUUAUCUUGAAUUAAAAAAAUAAUUCUUUAAUAUAAAAAUAAGAUAAAAUAAUUAAAAAAUAAACAAUGUUGUUUGUUUUCUAUCCAAAUACUUUUGUAUUGGAUAGUUUUGUAUAGCUCACCGUUCAUGUGCGUCCCCGUAUUAUAAUGAUAGAAUGUACUUUUUUGUUUAUUGAUUGUAUAUCAAUACUUCUGAAAGGUGCUGAUUUUUUCACCUGUUAUACAUGUUAACGUUAAUCUUUUGUUCCACGAUGAAAAUUCUAAAAAUUGUUCUGUUUAAAUAAAACAUUCAAGUACGAGGAAAAUAAUAAAUAAUGUUUUUCCACCUUUGUAUUAUUUUUUAUUUUUUACAAUAUAUAGCAAGAUAACAAAUAUUUAUUAAUAAUACAGUAAAUUUGUCAAUAUCCAAUGUAAGGAACAUGAUACUUUGGUUUCAAAUAUACUUUCUUAUACAUUAAACAUAUCAGUAUUUAUAAUGCAAUACAUCACACUAAAUUACACGUUUAAUUCUGCCUUUAAGUAAAAAUUCUAUUAUUAUUAUUAUUACUUUCAUAAUACACAUGAGAAUUAUGUUUUGGGUGUAACUAUUGAUUCCUUUUAACAGAAUAAAAUUAUAGUUUGGUAAUUUUAUUAAUACUGGAUGGAAAAACUAAUUUUUUAAAUACUUCAUAAAAUAGAUUUUUGUAAAUGAAAUUCCGUUAUAGCAUAUUUAAUAAUAAUUAAAGGUUACUCGUAGAAACUUAUUCUUUAGAAAUGCACAUAACGAUUUGGUGAUUUACAACAAUACCUUAUGUACUCCUGCAAUAUUGAAUUCAUAAUAUUUACAUUUAUAUAAUAAUCAAUGUAUUCAGAAGGUUAUUAAUAUUUAACCUAAUUUAAUAUAACAAGAUAUACUUUAUAAUUUUUACUCCAUUUAAAGAAUAAUAUAAUAAUAUCAAGGAAAUUCAAGUUCACAGUUUUAAUCAUUUUUGGUAGUCAUAUAAAUACUUUAUCACCUCCAUUAUUUUAAAUCACAUUAAAUUCUGAGGAAUUGCACAUUUAAUAAUUCACAGAAUACUAGUAUGAAGACAUUAAUACUUCUGUUAAUAUAUAUGUAAGUAAUGUCUUAUGCUGUUUAUAUAAUUACACAUCAAUUUACACUUUGGGAGAAAAUAUUGAGUUUAUACAUUCCAG